AUGAGCUUCCAUUUAUUGUUGGCGUCGAAAGGGGUAUCAAAAAGUCAUAAUAUUGCAAUUGGUAUUUUGCUGGAAGUAAGGCUUACUGAUCCAAAAAUGUCAAAUGACUCUGACUCCGAUGAUUUCCUAUCAGAUUCAUUUGGCAGCGAUGAUGAGAUUGUAUUUCUUGAAAACCAGGUGAAUGGACAAGAUCAGCAUCAGAACCCACUCCAACUCCAGCAAUACGAAGAAAUCCCCCAACAAACCAUAAAAAUUGGACCCCUUACUCAUCAUGAAAUAGAUUAUGAAGCAUUGGCCACUUAUACUUAUCCAGUCAACUUCCCAAUUAGAGAAUACCAAUUCCAAAUUGUUAAAGAGUGUUUCUACCAAAACUUGAUUUGUGCAAUCCCCACCGGUACAGGGAAGACGUUUAUUUCCUCUUGUGUCAUGCUAAAUUACUAUCGAUGGUUUCCUAAAUCCAAGAUUAUUUUUGUGGCCCCAACAAGACCAUUGGUGGCGCAACAGAUCAAAGCAGCAGUGGGGAUGACGGGGAUCAAGUCAGACGACGUUGCCAUUCUCCUUGAUAAAUCAAAAAAGAACCGUCCAGAAAUUUGGAAUUCCAAAAGAGUAUUCUUUUCUACCCCACAGGUCAUUGAUAAUGAUCUAAAGGCAGGGUUUUGUGAUCCCAAGAGCAUAUCUUUAAUUGUCAUUGAUGAAGCGCACCGAACCAGAGGGAAUUAUGCUUACAAUAAUAUCAUCAAAUUCAUUUCCAGAUUCAGUCUCUCGUUCAGAAUAUUAGCGCUAACUGCUACUCCAGGAUCGGAUAUUGUUGGGGUGCAAGAAGUCACCACGAAUUUAUUGGCUUCCAAGAUUGAAAUCAGAACAGAAAAAUCACCAGACAUUGAAAGAUAUAUGAAAAACAAAGAUAUGGAUAAGCGAAUUGUCGACAUGAAUGAAGAGAUAUUAGAUGUGAUAGAUUUGUUAGCCGAAGCAAUUAAACCGACUCUAGAUAUUGCCAACAAACAAAAAGUGUACGAAGAGACAAAUCCUUCUGAAAUCAACGCCUUUAAAGCCAUGGAAGCAUCUCAAAGAGUUAUCAAUAACCCGCGAUACAACGAAGGUUUGAAAUGGUAUCUAUAUUUUAUUUUGCAGCUAUUGAAUGCCGUGGGUCAAAUGUUGAGAAGAUUAAAAGUAUAUGGCAUCAAGACUUUUUACAGUUAUUUGGAAAACAAAUCGAAAGAAUUCAUGGCUAAAUAUGAUUUAGGGAAAUCGACUAAUAAAACUGCCGCGUCGUUUUAUUAUCAUGAUUCUAUUAAAAAAAUUCUUAGGGAUUAUAAAGAUAAAGCCACUGAUCCAGGAUUUGUUGGGCAUCCAAAAUUGGAAAUUUUGGUUGAGGAGCUCACCGAGUUCUUUAAAGACUCCAAGAAAUUCAACAAUGAUAAUUCCCGGGUUAUCAUCUUUACGGAAAUGAGAGAGUCUGCCCUUGAAAUUGUGAAAGCUGUUGAUUCCGUCGGUGAUCCCGAACUCUUGAAGCCUCAUAUUUUUAUUGGACAGGCUAAAGAAAAGGAAAAAUUCGACGAUGUUGGAUUUAGGGAAAAGAAUAAACCAAAAGGUAGAGGUAGGAAAAAAAAGGCUGAUCAGGAUAAAGUGGAGAAAGAAAAGACUGAAAAGCAAAAGGCCAAAGAGUCUGCGAAAACCAAGGAGAAAGCUGAGCGUGAAUCGCGAAGAACUGGUCUGUCCGAAAGUGCCCAGAUUAAUGGGAUGUCUCAAAAACAGCAAAAACAAUUAAUAAAAGAGUUCAAACAAGGUAAAUACAAUAUCCUCGUGGCCACUUCUAUUGGGGAAGAAGGUCUAGAUAUUGGGGAAGUCGACUUGAUUGUGUGUUAUGAUGCGACAUCGUCACCAAUUAAAAACAUUCAAAGAAUGGGUAGAACUGGUAGAAAACAAGAUGGGAAAGUGUUAUUGUUGUUGACCAAGCAAGAGAAUUCCAAGUUUGAAAAAUCGAUGAAUAGUUAUGAAGUUGUUCAAGAGCAAAUCACUAGUGGAUCACAUAUCGAUUAUUGUGAAUCUGAUCGAAUCAUCCCGACCAAAUACAAGCCAAUUUGUGAAAAGAAAAUCAUUGAGGUCGAUGAUGAAUUUGCCAACGAGGAAGAAGAUGACGAAAUCAUUAAACGGGCAACACAACAUAUGAAUGGCAAAGCUUCAAAACCUAAAAAAAAUAAGGGGAAAUCAAUGGAUCAAAACAUCGAACAUCUAAUGUUGAGGCACAAGAAGGCUCCGAAAAAAAAAUUCUUCAUGCCAGAUGGUGUUGAAACCGGAUUCAAAAAUGCUUCUUUGUUGGUCAGAAGAGUAGGUUCUUCUAUUCCACUAUCCGAAGAAAAUUCGGUGCUCGUGUCAGAUGGUGAAAAUAAUAAUAGUAAUAAUAAUACUCUGGUUAAUGUCCUGGGAAUGGAAAGUCUUGGGGAAAAUGACAUCAUGCGAUUAUUAGAGUCUUCGGAUGAAGAAACUGAUUUAAUUGGGAAGUCUAUUGAAUCUUCCCAAAGAAGAGAGUUGCUGCCACAUUUAGCAAUUGGGAAACGCAAAACAACGGCAAUUGAGCCAACAGCUCCAAAGAGAGCGAAACCCAACGACAAUAAUGGUGUUGAGACUGUUGAUAUCACCAAUGAUUCGGAUGAUUUUUUUUUUGAUGAUGAUGAUAAUGAUGAUGAUGAUAAUGGACAAUUUACUUUUGAUAAAGAAGAUAUCCUGGUAAUUCUGGACAAGCCACUAGAUAUCCUGGUAGCUCAGGAUAAGCCACUAAAUACCCAUAAUGAUUCCUCUAGGGGACAUUCUGUUGAUGGUAAGCGAGCGGAUGUACAAAAUUUUAAUAGACCAUCAUCUGCUGUCAACUCAAUACUGGGGAAAAUAUCCCCCAACAACAAAUCAGAUGAACUCUCUUCUGAAGACUUUUCUUCUGAAUGUGAGCCUGAUACUGAUAACCAUUCAUUUGCACACAGCUCAUUGAAAUCCAAUCCUGACUUCAAGAGCAGUUUUGAUGGUGAUCUUCGAAUUGAAAAAGUUGUGAAAAAAGAUAUUGGUAAGGAUAUUACGAGUAUGAUAAAGAACACAUUUGGAGCGUUACAGUAUAAAAAUAACAAGAUCAUCAAUAAUACCCUCAAGCGUCGUCGUACUUUAGGAGUGAGAAGAAGACCGACCCAGGGAGAGCAAACGUCGAAGAUGAUUACGGAUGAAGAAAUGAGCGCGGUUUUGAGAAAAGAGCAACAGGAACGGAUUAGGAAAGAGAAUCUUGAAAGAUUGCAAUGUUUGGAACAAGCGAUGAUCAGAAAACAACAACAUGAAUUGAAAAAUAAGAAACCAAAGAACAAGGAACAGGACUUGAAGGAGAUUGGGGAUACUAUUUACCUGAUGAAGUUCCAUGCGCGAUCAGGGUACAUUACCCAGAAACAAGAGCUGGAUUUAUAUCAUCGGUUUGCGGAUGUGGCAAAUGGGAUGGUGAUGAAUGAACUUGGAGAUCCAUUGGUUUCUGUUAGAAAUGGAGAAGGUAAAACAUUUUCAAGAAUUAGACACAGUACAAAAAGCCAACGUUUGAUUAAAGUUCACGAGCUAAUAGAUAAAAGUAAUUAUGGUGAUGGAUACAAGAAAUUACGGUCGCUUAUUAUCUCGCAAAAGAGAUUUGAGAUAGAUCGUAAAAAGAAAGGGAAAUUGGGGUUAGAAUGGGGGAAAAUGGACCAAUUUGUGGUGGAUGAUUGA